AUGGAUCUCAACUCAUCUCUAUACAACCUCCCAAGUUCAGCAGGCUUUAUUGACCAGCUAAUAUCCGAGCUGUCCAGCUUCCAACCAGAGCUACCCACAGCUGAACUCGAUCCGCCUAGGACACAAAUCACACACCAACCGAAGCAGCCACAAAACGCACUAUCAAGACUCCCGGCACUUCAACUCGCCAAAGUAAAGCCUCUCCUACUCACAUUACACUGUCUCUUCCCCAACGAUCUCCUUCCAGCCCUGGACAUCCUAGAUCGGAGGCUCGUGCAGCGGAUUGGGGUGCGCGGGGACAAAACCAAUGCCGUACCAUCGGCACCUACCCAGGACCAAACGGCGUCCGCGGGGAACGAAGAGAUACGACACGAAUUAAAAACGGUCUAUCAAAACAUACUCGAUGAUACAACCGAGAAUACUCUUGACGAAGACCUAUUCCUAUUCUUAGUUACAUCCGCCUCGUCAGCCCCUGUACACCCCAUCGCCUCCGCAGGAGCAUCAUCAACAUCAACAUUAUCAACAACUCCACACACCUCCCACCAACCACAAAAAGUCUACGAAGUCCGCCUCAAUGCCUGGAAUUGUACCUGUCCCACCUUCAUCCUCUCCGCAUUCCGCAAUCUAGACUCCCGCCAGUCCUCAAUUUCCAACCCCAACGCUCCUGCAGAGCCCCCAUCCGACUCUGCAAUGCUGCGUGACCGGGACGAUGGAUCUGCAGUCUACCCCUUCGGUGGGACGUUGACUUGUACCACGGACCGGGCUUCGCCGCCAGCAUGCAAGCAUAUUCUCGCCUGCGUGUUGUUUGCGCGGUGUCCCUUGUUCUCGGGCGGAGGGGAUGCAGAUGCAGGUCGGGGUGUUUCGAUGGAGGAAAUGGCUGGCUGGUGUGCGGGAUGGGGUGGUUGA